CUUCACUUUAAGAACCCAUAAUUCCGAUCAAGUCGGAUCUCCAGUUAUACGUUUUUUCAUUAUCUAAAUUAAAAGCCUAGUCAUAAACAGCUGCGUGUAUGUAGGAAUAUAUACAUAACUUUUAUACAUGUCAAUUAUUUGUGCUGUUUGAAGCUGCGACCUGAUGGGACUAAACCAUUCAGCGGGGGUGACGGACGGUACCAUUGUGAAUAAUAAUAUUGGCAGUAAUAACACACCGAAUUAAAUAUGGAUUCGUCUGCAGUGAGGACGAGUUUAGCAGAAUUCGGCUUCUGGUCUGAGCAGACGCCGGUGCACAAGGCUGCGUCUAUAGGACAGGCUGAGAAGCUCCAGCUUCUGGUUGAUGGAGGUGCUUCAGUGAAUGCUGCGACAGCCGACAACAUAACUCCGCUUCAUGACGCCUGCAUACAGGAUCACCCAGAGUGUGUUCAGGUUCUUCUGAAUGCAGGUGCACAGGUGGAUGUACGGACUAUUCAUGGUAGCACACCUCUGUGCCAUGCGUGUGCAGCUGGCAGUGUGGAGAGUGUGAGACUGCUCCUGGACCACGGAGCUUCAGUGAAUCCCUCUCUCACGGCCCUUACUGCUUCCCCUCUGCAUGAGGCCUGUAUACGUGGUAAUCAAGAAUGUGUGAAGCUGAUUAUAUCAAAAGGAGCCCUGCUGGAGGCUUUCGAUAUCCACUUUGGGACACCGCUGCACACCGCCUGCGCUAAAGCACAUCUGGAGUGCGCUUUACAGCUGCUCAAUGCAGGCGCCCGCGUGAACGCCACAAAGUUCCAUGAGACGGCUCUGCACCAUGCAGGAAGAGUGGGCCGGGAGGACCUGAUCGAGCUACUGGUGGAGUUUGGUGGAGACGUUAAUGUCAGGGACAACCUGGGACGCAAACCGAUAGAUUACACAAGCCCUGGAUCCACUUCUCACAUCUGUCUACAGCACUAUGAGACUGUGUCGUAUCACACUGAGGCGUGUCCUGGGCACCAGAGCGCUCCAGGUCAUCACCAAGCUAGACAUCUCACGACGCAUCAUCAGUUACCUUUGUUACGAAAAAUACAGCUAAACAUUGAGAGUUUGUGUUAAUGCAAUAAUGAGGAUAAAUUUACUUUAGGUUUAAGGGGGAAAAAAUGCUCGACUGAACAUAGUCAUGCUGUGACCAGCCGCUGCUUGUCCUUAAAUAUGCUAUCAUUGACUUACUGUGCAUUCAUUAAACUGUUUCAUAUAAUGUGCAGAACAUUCAAUCCUUUGGAAAUAAGAGUCUUGUAUUUUAUAACAAAUAAAUAAGUAAUAUAUAAACUCUGUGGUUAAUAAAUGCAUUGUGACAUGAUAUAACAGUGCUGGAUUCAGAAAGACUUUGUCCCCUAAGAUGAGAAAACUUGUCAUUACUGCUUUCUGUAUUUUUUAAGACGGUUUGUUAGAAUACUAAGAUUGUUGUAGAACUGUGGACUUUUAUUCAGCUUGCAGGUUAUUUAUCUUGCCUUUUUUGGUGUCUUUCAAGUAACUUAAUACAUUAAUGAGGCACGUUGAAAUAAAUGAACCAGAGAUUGAAGCCAAUUUGAGCUGCAAAAUUUAAAAUAUUCAACAGAACAACUAUUAUG